GAACACAGCAGACUGUACGGUUUACGAGUACAUGGAUUGAAUAUACAUCGUUUUUCCCACUGUCGGAGCAGGAAAGUGUUUCUGGAUGUUUACAAGUAUUUAUUUUAUAUGUGCCGAGUACGACCUUCAAAAGAUCCGUUCCGUGAGCGUACAGGUCAGCCAGUCGUUAUUUAUUUAUCUACAUUAAUUUUUAAACUUCUGUUUGUUACAUCGAUGUGUUAGUGCCUUUUCAAAGUAAAUAAUUUCAAAUGAAAAAUUAAUACAGUUUACGUUAUUCGUAUUUUUUCUCUCCGCUAUAAUUAAUAUAAUCAUUUUAUAACGACUCACAAGAAAUUUAUUUUGCCACGACAAUUGUAUAUUUUAUAAGAAAAGGAAGUUUAUUUUAUACUUUACUUUUUGUAUCGCUAAUCAUUUUGUACAAGAUUACUCAUUUGUAAGUGAGAACCGUCAGACACGCGUGAUGUUCUCGUAUGGGACCAUUUCUUCUCUCGCGUUUUAGAUAAACUCGGAGUUAAAUUAAAAAGGAAAACAAACCAUUUCAGCCCUAAAGAAGAAUCGGGUAAUACCCAUCUUCACCAUGUCUCAGGCUGAAAUUGACCUUGCUGGACGUAGCUUUCCCAAACUACCUGCAGGUUUGGACGACGAUUCUUGCUUGUCUGGAAGGCUGCCACCGCGGCGACGGAGGCACUCGGCAAACUCGAGAAGAAACUCUUACAGAUUAAACAAAUUAAACACCAUGGAGCUCGAGUCCCAGGUUUACGAUGGGACUCUUUCAAAGACACUGUCUUGGUCCGCUGAUAACAUUUUAUCGGAGUCCAGCACCGAUGACAAAAAGACCGACUACACAUCGACUGCAUCCCCCGUGUCUAGCCCGGGUCCAAGCAACAAAGAGCCUCCUGGUACCCAAAAUUCAGACCCCAUUCCUUCGAUAAGUAAUUGGGGUGCCAGGGAGCGGAGCCAAAAUACACUGGAUGCCAGUUCCGACUCUUCCGACGAAGUCACUCACAAAAAGGUUACUUUGUCACGCACCCCGUUUGAAAACAAAUGGGAUCAAGAAGAAAAGGAUGAAAUCGAAACCAAAGCCGUGGCGACCUCACCUGACGGCAGGUUCCUCAAAUUCAACAUUGAAAUCGGGAGAGGGUCCUUCAAGACGGUGUAUAAAGGCCUGGAUACAGAGACCACUGUGGAGGUGGCAUGGUGCGAACUCCAGACGCGGAGGCUGACGAAGGUGGAGCGGCAGCGUUUCAGCGAGGAGGUGGAGAUGCUCAAGUGCCUGCAGCACCCCAACAUCGUGCGCUUCUACGACUCCUGGAAGUCCACCCUCAAGGGCCACAAGUGCAUCAUCCUGGUCACGGAGCUCAUGACCUCGGGGACCCUCAAGACGUACCUUAAGAGGUUCAAGGAGAUGAAGCUGAAGCUGCUGCAACGCUGGAGUCACCAGAUCCUGAAGGGCCUGCACUUCCUGCACACGCGCACCCCUCCCAUCAUCCACCGCGACCUCAAGUGCGACAACAUCUUCAUCACCGGCCCCACGGGCUCCGUCAAGAUCGGGGACCUGGGGCUGGCCACCCUCAAGAGCGCCUCCUUCGCCAAGAGUGUCAUCGGUACGCCCGAGUUCAUGGCCCCGGAGAUGUACGAGGAGAAGUACGACGAGGCGGUGGACGUCUACGCCUUCGGCAUGUGCAUCCUGGAGAUGACCACGUCCGAGUACCCCUACUCCGAGUGCCAGAACGCCGCCCAGAUCUACCGCAAAGUCACCAGUGGAAUGAAGCCGGACAGCUUUUUCAAAGUAAAAGUCCCGGAGCUGAAAGAGAUCAUCGAGGGAUGCAUCCGCAUGAAUAAACACGAAAGAUACACCAUCCAGGACCUGCUGGAGCAUGCCUUCUUCCAGGAAAACAACGGGGUGCACGUGGAGCUGGCCGAGGAGGACGACAUGGUGAAGUCGGGGCUCAAGCUGUGGCUCCGCAUGGACGACACCAAGAAGCUGCACGGGAAGUACAAGGACAACAACGCCAUUGAGUUUCUGUUCGAGCUCUACAAGGACGUGCCCGAGGAGGUGGCUCAGGAGAUGGUGGUGCUGGGCUUUGUGUGUGAGGCCGACUACAAGCUGGUGGCUAAGGCCAUCCGCGACCGCGUGACCACCAUCAAGCGCCGGCGAGAGAAGCACCGUCGAAUGAUGGAGGAGCUCAGGAAGAGGAAGGAGAAAGAGGUGAUCGAGGAGGAGCCGGAGCCCGCGCCUGAACCCGAGCCUCCUGCCCCCAGGCCCAGCAGCCAGGCCUCCGAGAGCCCCGCCCCAGCCCUGACCCCACCCGUGCUCACUGUCUCCGGCCCCACGCCCCCGCCGGUCAACGGCCCCACCCCGUCGCCGGUCAACGGCUCGGUGGACUCUGGCAUAAACGGCAGCCUCCCGGCGGAGCCCGAGGAGCCGGAGGUCGACCAGCACCAGCACUUCCACAUCCGCCACACCAGCUGCUCCUCCGCCACCUCUGACUGUGAGACGGACGGGUAUCUGAGCUCCUCCGGGUUCCAGGAUGCCUUAGAGGGGCCCCUCCCAUUGGCUCAGCCUGUCGGCUCCACCUCAGCUCCGACCACUGAGGCCCCGCCCUCAGAGACGGCACCCACAGAGGCCACACCCACAGCGGCCCCACCAAUCCCAGCUCUCCGAUUCCCCUCGAGUAUUGCGGUGUCAAACAAUACUGAGCGUGCUCAGUCUGGGUCGGCCAGUGGCUUCUCCUCUCCUGUUGAUAGCUACGCCUCUGACGUUACGUCUGGACUGAGUGACGGGAACGAGGGCCUGUCAGAGAAGAGCGGCAAAGGUUCCACCAAACGCAACACCAGCAAACUGUUCAGGAGGAGGGCCCGCUCCCGGCUGCGCAUCACUGGGCUCUCUGACAAAGUCGACCGGGUGGUGGAGUGCCAGCUACAGACGCACAACAACAAGAUGGUGACAUUCAAGUUUGACCUGGAUGGAGACAAUCCAGAGGACAUUGCUGCAGUCAUGGUGCACAAUGAGUUCAUCCUGCCCUCUGAGCAGGAGGGUUUCAUCCACCGCAUGCGUGACAUCAUCAAGCGGGCAGAGGCCCUGAUGAAGAAGGAGCCCCUGGGGCAGGCCCACGCGCCGGACGGCUCCCGCCUCCCCUUCUUGAGCGGGACUGGCGCGCUUUCCGCCUCGCAGCCCAAUCUGCACACGCACGGCCUGCCUCGGACCCAUUCCUCCUCAUCCCUGCCAGAUUUCGGCAGCGGCGCCCAGGUGACACGGGGCUCCUCUCCCGGGCUGGUGGGGAGCUUCUACAUCGACCCCGACGGGUCCCCGUCCGUCCGGCCGCUCCGCUCCCAGUCCUUCAACACACCCUCAGGUUCUACCCAAUCUUACCCCCCUCCUGCUUCCCAGUACCCACCAGUGUCCACCGCUGACCCUGUGCCAAUGGUGCCACUCACCCAGAUUCCGCACCUGUCACAGUACCCCACACCCCCCUACAUGCCAAACAGCCAGUUCCCUUUCCCCUACUCCCCAACUGUGAAACAGACUCUUACCCGCGUCCCCAGCAGCCCCAACUUCUCCUCCCCCUCCUCCUCCGGCUCCCCCCACCAGGGGGACGCGUUGAGCCCAGGUGGGGAUGGCACCCCCAUGUCCCCCCCUGGCCAGCAGCCCCAGCUCCCUGGCAUGUGGCCUGCCCACACCCAGUCCCUGUUCUCCCUGGCCAAUGUGCUCUCGCUAGCCAUGAGCGUGGCGCAGUCCUUCAUGCCCCCCACCUCCAUGCCCAGCCCCCUGGCCCAGGGCAUAUCCUCGCUGGCCAGCUUCCACCCUCAGAUGCCCCCUCACAUGGCCUCUCAGCCAGGCUUCCACUCCAUGUUCGCUCAGCAGCCCCAGGUGAUCUCCGGGGAUUCCCCCUACCGCACCGGCGGGGUGCCGGGCCCUUACGACAUGUACCAGUACUCGGACGCCCAGUCCCAGGGGCAAACGGGACAGCCAGGGUCCCCGCAGGUGGCUCCGCCCCCCGGGAGGGGCCCAUCUAGGGCUCCGCAGCAGGAGGCGGGGCAGCCCGCCCCCACCCCCACCCCCGCGAGCGCCAGCCCCUCUCCCCUGUCCCAGCUCGGCUCCCGGCCGGACCUGUCCCCAUCCUUCACGGUGCAGUCCCAGGACCGGGUGGACAGCUCCAGCUCGCUCUCCACCACGUCACCCUCCUCCUCUGCUCCGGUCAGCCCACAGAGCACGGUGUCCUCCCCCAGCCCGAGAACGCUGUCUCCACCCGCGGUGUCUGAAGCCACUGUUAGCACCUCCAAGGACAGAUUAUCUCCCAUCUCUGAGGAGAAAAAGCCAACUGUCACCGUUGGCCGUUUCCAGGUCACGCCCAGCAAGGAGAUCCCAGCAGCCCCUGCCAGCUCCGCCCCGGCUCCAGACCCAGCCACACCCAUUCCCAAUGGCUCCCCUCCCAGGGACAGCGACACAGGCAGCAGCACGGAGGAUCAGGGGGAGUCAGAGGCCAGCCUCAGCACCAUCACCGUGUCUCCCCCUCAGCAGCCCCCCGGUGGUCUGCUGCAGGACCUGGGGAGCACGCCUCCUCAUCGCGAGGGCAUCAAGGAGCCGGAGAAGGAGGAGGAGGAGAAGGAGGAGCAGCAAGGGCUGAGGGACUGCAGCGUCAACCAACUGGGCGGCCCGGCGGACAGCUACCUGCCAGGGGCGGCCACGGAGGGCCGGUUGUGGGACGGCAGCACGGGGAGCCCCCAGAUCAGCGCCCCCCUGCACCAGGCGUGGGUCAGCUACUCCCGCAGCACCUCCUACCUGAGCAGUGACGAGACCGAGAGCGAAGACGAGGAGAUGUGGGAGGAGCUGCAUGAGCUCAGAGAGAGACACCUGUCAGAGGUGCAGGCCCUGCAGGCCACUCAGAAGCGGGAGAUUGAGGAGCUCUAUGAGAGGAUGGGGAAGGUGCCCCCGCCGGGCAUCGUGUCCCCCGCCGCUAUGCUGUCCAAUCGGCAGAGACGCCUGUCGAAAGGAGGGGGCUACCCCCCGUCCCGCAGAAACAGCCUACAGAGACUGGACAUCCUGCCACCCGCAGGGAUCAUGCGCAAGAACUCUGUCAGUGGUAGCAGCAGUGGCUCCCAGGAACGGCCAAGUAAAGGGGUGACCUUUGCUACUGACUACAGCAGAAUAGAUAUUUCUUCUUGAAAAAAAGACAAUCUUGAGUGAGAAAAUUUUGAGUCAGUGAGAUGUUACAGCGGUGCAUCUCUCUGGACUGCCUCAUCUGAACAGGGACAGGCCGGGCCCUCCCGGCCCUGGAGGAAAUGACACCAUCAGCAGCCUCUUCUGCAGCAGCCCAGCAAGGGGCCCCUCACUCUGGCAUGCGUGUCUUUAUCAAACUCAAAAGCCUUGAGCUGAGGGACGAGGGAGACACACAACUGCCGGCCGCAGAGGAGAUCCAGAAAACAACACAGCCAAGCCACGGAAGUUCAGUGGUGCACAGAGCCUUCUCUUGGCUAGACAUCGCCACCGGUGCUGUGGCGAAACCUGCUGAUAAGACCCGUGACAGCAUUGAUUAUAAAGUAGAUCUCUCUGGAGCACACAGGCAAGCAGUGAGCUCACUUGCGUAGCGUUCUGUCCCUUUCAAGCGCUGUGCUUGUGACACGCAGUGUUUGUUCCUCAGCUCCUCACCACCGCUGGGAAAGUUAUUUCCUCCUUCUAGAGUAUUUCUACUGCUUCUGUCUAAGUACCGCAAACUGAGAUCAAGCCAUUGGACUCGAGCCCUAUCUGCUGUUCUGUGUUAGUCUCUCAGAUCUUAAUUCCUUUGCACUUUAGUCUGUCUACUUGUUGCAGCCACGGCGCCACCUGGCUGUAGGGUGGUGUGCUGCGCUUCUCAGACGAGACCACUGAAUAAAGCUGUUGUCUGUGCAGCUCUGCCUGCUACCUACUAUAGUGGCAUUGCAGUGGAAUCAAACAUGCUUUUGGUUUAAUCCAGAAACAGCGGUGUUCCAUUUAACCAGGAAACUGGGCAACAUGUCUUAUGUUGCUGUUACCUAAAAUGGCAAAUCAGCAAUAUGCAUAUUGUAAUUUAAAAUUAGAUAUUGUAAGUAAAAUCUAUUCUCAUCUAUUUUAAGCGUUCAAGCAGGUAUUUAAAGCACCUUAUGCCCACUGGCAUGUUGUGGGUUCUAACGAUGUUAUCAAAUGCUGCCAAAACCUGGGACAUUACAAAACACAGUAAUUACUUGGACACACCUUCACAUCUUCAUACAGCACGUGUACAUACUAUUUAUCUUGUGAAACACAAAUACACAAACUUGUUCAGUGAUUGAACAAACUGAAUGUCAUUUGUCUUGUACAUUUGCACUGUCACGAUGCAGUUUGACCGUUUCACUUUGCUUUACUGUUAUGGUAUACCAAGCAAGAUCUCAGCUGUAGAAAGGUCAGAACUUUGAGGGAGGCAUUGGGGUCAUACUGAUGGCUUUCAUACACCAACAGUUGCUCUGUUUUCAGAUACAAUCACAACCUAAUUGAAGGACGCUAAUAAUCCAAAUGUUCUGUUCAUUUUGUGCCUUUCUACCCCCGUUUUCACACCAAUUUUGGAAUUGCCAGUUGUACUCAUUACAUCUCAACUGCAACAUUCUAGCGCAGGACUGCUGAAGCACGAUGCAUGUGGGAAGGUGAAUACUGAACACAUUAUAGGUGCAGCCCCCUGCCGAUGUCAUCUGAGCAACCCAUAGGCACCUGACGAAUCACUAGAGAGUGCUAUUGAGCAGUGCAAGGGUAUCCUUAGGCAAUAUAACCCUUCUUGCCCUGGUAGGACAGAGCCAAUUACGCUCCACUGUUGCAAACUCUCUGUCCUUGUCUUGUAAUGACUAAUGAUUCAAACUUAGCAUCUUGCUCAACUAAGCCAUUCGGGAACCCCUGAAAUCAUUCUGAGCCUUGCUGGUCAAACUGCUUUUGGCACUGGAAAUUUUUGCACAUCAUCCUAAUACGUACAUUCUCUGGAAAAUUAAACUUUUUACUCUGCACUUUAAGGUGUGACUGCAGUUUCUCAGUCAACAAAGCUGGUGACAGGUACUUGCUUCAGAGGCCGUGUUGAGUAUUAGACCACAGGUUAACACCGGCAAUGGAGAGAAUCCAAAGCUUUGGAGUACACGCUCCAACACUGAGGAUACUCCCAUGUUGCCUUCUGCCAUUCUCCAUUCACUCCGAGUCAGUCAAAACUGCCACUUGAAAUGUUACAUGUAUUCAUCUGUGUUUUGAUUAAAUGGAAACAAUGAUGCAGUAUAAUGUACGAGACCCGCUUUGUGCUUGAUCAGUGUAUGCUGACUCAUUCUUCAUUCACAAUUUUUUGCCUAGGGUAAAGCGCCUAUGAAAGCAUGUCUGCUAAAUUAUUUAAGGUUGUGCAAUCCUUGUGUGCUGCUCCUUAAAGAUUGUCAGCUGAAUUUUUCCCUCUUAAUUUUAAAGUGUUUCCCUGUCAGCUGAAGCAUUGCACUUUUUCUACAGGAUUGUCUGCGUACAGGAGCCAGGGAGCUUUUGUAUAUGGCUACAGCUGGGAAGAUGGUGGGAUACACAGUACCCACCUUGAGCAGUUAUUCAGUGUGCCUAUGCAUUAAAGCUAAUGAAUAAGUUCAUUGAAAACAAACGCGAUGGAAGCUGUGAAUUACGAACUGUUGCCUUACAGUAUGUACAUUGAGAAAGAAUGCAGUACAAAUGGAAAAUCAGUUUCCAGAAACACACCGCAAAUACAUAAUAUAUAGCUAUAUGAAUUGUGAUGACUCUAGUUUUGUGUAUGAUUGUCAUCUGCUGUGUUGCUAGGAAACACAAAUGAUGUUGUACUGCCAUGCUGAU